ACCGUUCCAAGUUCAACCACCUCAGAAUCCCUCAGAUGAACGCCACUGGUUAUCUCUUUCUUCAUUCCCGUCCCCACCUCUUGCUAGUGUCAAUCUUUUCUGAUGCCCAACAUCAAAACUUUGGAACAAAUUCAUUUAUUCUGAGUCCUUUUGCUUAUAGUAUUCUGGGUCCUUGAUCGUGUUCUUAUUUUUUGCCUUCUUGAUCGCUAGCUCAUCUUGGCGUAGAUCAGGGGAUUCGUUGGUGAAUUUUCCGACUUCGGUUUAUCUAUUCUUGGAUCAAGAAUACGAGAAUUUUGCAGUUGUUAAGAUAAGAUGCCGACAUUGACUCCGGGAACUCUACUGAAACUCCUUGAUGGCAUGAAGGUGGGUGCUGCCAAACCGAUCGGGGAGCACCGGAGUGCACUCUUGCAAGUGUCUGACAUUGUGCCAAUAGAUGUUGAUGAAAAGGAUCUGUGGCCAAAGCGUGGGUUUUACAUUAAGGUGUCUGAUUCUUCCUAUUUUAUCUAUGCUAGCCUACCAUUUGAACAAAAUGACCUUGUUCUUAGCAACAAGAUGCAGCUUGGGCAGUACAUGUAUGUUGAUAGAUUAGAACCAGGUUUGCCUGUUCCAAUCAUCAAGGGUGCAAGGCCAUUGCCAGGAAGGCACCCACUGGUGGGCAGGCCACAACCUAUCAUGCCAAUGAUAGAGAAUGGAGAAAGACUAGAUACAGUUCCUACUGAUUGUGCAGUCUCUUCCACUCGUAGAAGAAGCUUAUGGGGACCGAACAUGAUCCCAACAAGUGGUGUUUGUUCACCUAAGCUAGGGAAGUCAACCAUGCUGGGUUUUGGAGAGAGAAAGCCAGUUAAGGAAAGAACACAAACUUGCCUGAUUUCUCCACUGAUAAAUGGAAGACUGGGUAAGGACGGAUCAGAGAUGGCUUUUAUAUCACCAAGGACUGGGAAUAUUCUGUCUAAGAUAACACAUUGGAAGGGAGAAAUUGCCACUGCAAUAAGGAAAAGCAGCAUCACUUCAAAAUUUCGCAGGAGCAAAAGCUUGGGCAAUGAAGGACUUGGAAUCCCAAUGACUCCCUCCCCUGAGAACUCAAACACUGCCCCUCCCCGUGUUCUAAAUGUAAGAAUGGCAGCCUCCUCUCAUGCAUCUGAUGAAAAAUGUAAAUCAAUUAAACCUCACCGAUUGCAAGGUACUACAGAAAACUACAAUUUUCUCACAUUACCUGGAAUGCUCAAUGAACUAGGAAAGGAGGCCAUACGUCAGAAUGCAGCAGCAAGAAACACAGCUCUUCAAGCACUAAGAGAUGCUUCCGCGACAGAAGCUUUAGUUCAGGUUCUCAAGAUGUUUUCGGACUUGAGCACAUCUUCAAGGCCAGAUGCUCCGGCUGUUUGUUUCGGUCAGUUUCUAACCUUUCACAAUGAGAUUACAAAGGCAGUGAACAAUAUGGAGGCAAUACAAACUUCCACUGCUGUGACCAGUGAUGAACGCAUCAUGAACAAAGUAAACGAGGAAUAUUUGCUUUUUUUGAAUGAAAUAGUAGAUAACUUGAUUAACCGAUACGAGCUUGCUGAUGUUAAGGGAAGAGCAAAAGCAUUUUCCAAAUUGGUUUCAUCCAUUCCUGACAAAAUGAAAGCAAACAUUGGUAAAAAUCCAGGAUCAAAUGUAAACAAGAAUAGAUUCCUGGCUAGAAAACGAACGGGUUCUGCAGUUGCUGAUGAAAACAAAGAACAAAGUUCUAGCUUGUUCAGAUUAAUUAAAUUGGCUAAGCAGAUACAAACUGAGGCUGGAAAUUGGUUUAUGGAGUUCUUAGAGAAAGCAUUGGAAGCAGGUCUGAAGAAGACAAAGGAAUCAUCAACAGUUGAUGAUGAGAAGCUGGACUGCUGCCCACAGUCAUUAAUUAUGAAAGUCAUCAAUUGGGUAGAGGUGGAGCAGAGUGACAGCAGCAAGAGACCAGUUCAUCCUAGAGCAGCAGAGGUGUUGAGAAAGUUGAGGAUAGAAGCAGAGAAUCCUUAAAUUGGAUUCUACGACUUCAUGCAUUGUGUCAUCCGAUCUGUCCAUGGUAUACAAAGAUUUUCUCUUUUCUCCUCAAAAUGAUCAAGGAUAGAAGCAAAGAAUCCUUAAAUUGGAUUGUUUCUGGUGUAUCAAAUACUCUAAAGAUGAAUACAUGCUCUCUUUUUUUUUUCCUAAUAGAA